AUGGGACGGACAGUAAUUGCAUUCGACCUCUACGGCACGAUUCUCUCUACCGGAUCGAUAGCAGGAGAAUUGGCAAAGCUGUACGGACAAGACAAAGCUCAGUCAAUUGCCGCUCUAGCAAGGCGAUAUCAGCUUGAGUCAACAUGGCGCGUAACCAGUAUGGGCACUUAUCGCACAUUUAGCGACUUGACGAGAUGGUCAUUUCGGCAAGCUACCAAAGAGAUUGGUGUUGAGCUCACUUCUGAGCAGGAAGAACGUAUCAUGGAUGCGUAUAAUGGCCUUAAUACGUUUCCAGAUGUGGAUAAAGCACUCGAAAAACUGGCAGAAUAUGCAUCUAUCGAUCCAUACAUCUUCUCAAACGGAACCAAGGCCAUGAUGACAUCGUCACUCGAUACAUGCCCAACUUUGUCGAGAGUGAGCAACAUAUUUCCCCACGAGAAAGUCGUCAGCAUCGACCCUCUCAAAGUGUUCAAGCCGCAUCCUCGUACGUAUGAGUUCAUGGCUGAGACAGCAGGGAUGAAGUCACAGCUUGAUAAGAUCUGGCUGGUGAGCUCAAACCCAUUCGAUAUCACUGGUGCUGUAGCUUUUGGAUUCAAAAGUGCAUGGAUCGACCGAGAUGGCAAAGGUUGGGCUGAUACCCUGGGAUGUUCACUGGGGAUUGAGCCGACUGUGAUAGCGUCUGGUGUGGAUGAAGCUGUGCGGGUAAUCUUGCGUCAGUCUGAGGAUGUUAAGUAG